ACUAGUCCACAUGAGCUGAGCCACACAUGGCAACAAUGGCACCUAAAUGCAAGACGGCAAGAGGGAUGUACCCGGCACCAACUUGGCACAAACAAACAGGCACAGCUGGUGAGCACUACCGAAACCAAGGGAACCAUCUGAGCCUCGAAGAAGAAGAUCUCCUCCAUCUGGACAGACGACGAGGCUUCUGUGGCCUGCUCCUGGACUGGAUCACUCACAAAUGUGCAGUGGAUUAGCGCAGUCUUGAUUCACAAAAGAUUCAGCAAUCAGCAGGGCCUAUAAAUACCACCCUUGGAAUGCACAUUUUCUGUACCGGAAACACAAACACUUCAAAGAAGAGCAUUAGACUGCCAAGAGGCUCAUGGCUGUCGCCGCAUGCGUUGCCCGAGAUCAACAUUGACCGGCUGAGGAUGGGUGAGGCAAUGAGGAAGCUUGUCAUCCAGGAGAUUGCGCUGGCAUGCCGCGAGCAGGGAUGCUUCCAGGUGGUAAAUCAUGGCAUAAGCAAGUCUGUCAUGAAGGGCGCCCUCAAAGCUGCCUCGGAGUUCUUUAAACUUUCCAAGGAGCAUAAAGAGAAGUUUGUGUCAGCUGACGUCCAACAACCUAUCAGAUAUGACAUGAGCUCAAGGGACGGGAUCAGCACGGCCAGAUCACUCCUGAAGCACUAUGCUAAUCCCCUGGAAGAUUGGGUCCAAUUCUGGCCAAUAAACCCACCAACAUACAGGAAGAAGAUGGGGGAUUAUGCUGCUGAGAUACAAGGAGUGUCGAUGCAACUUAUGGAAGCAAUUUUUGAAGGUCUCGGGUUAGGACCACUGUACCUCCAAGAAAAACUUGAGAAUGCAGUGCAGUUCCUAGCCUUGAAUAACUAUCCACAAUUUUCACACUGCAGUGACAAGGUCGGAUUGGCUUUUCAUUCCGAUUAUGGUUUCAUAACCAUCCUUCUGCAGAGCUCCGCAGGGCUUGAAGUCAUGCACCAUGAAGACGACACCUGGAUAGCGGUCCCUGCGAUCCCUGGGGCUCUCCACGUCCAUAUCGGGGACAACCUGGAAGUUUUGAGCAAUGGACAGCUCGAGUCUCUUGUCCACCGGGCCAUUCUAAAUCCUGAUGAAUCACGAAUUUCUAUUGCCAGCAUCCAUGGUCUCUCCAUGGAUGAAAAGGUCCACUGUGCCAAGGAGCUGGUCGAUGAGGAGCACCCGGAAAUGUACAAGGAAAGCAGCUUCCAGGAAUCCCUUGACUUCCUGCCGUCUAACAUGAACAAUUAUAAGAGGUUUGUUGAGAGCCUCAAGAUUGACAGAGAUGAAUAACAAAACACGUAGUUCUGCUGCACCAGAACAUAUCUAAAUUGCAUUCUUCAGAAAAGAGAGUAAACUAUCUAAGACAUAUUUUAGGUAUCUUCAACUGCAUCUUCAAGGAGUAUCUAUAUGAUGCAAUGCUGCUACAUGUUCAUAAAUCAUAAUAUAGAAAACACAGUUGCUGCAGAUAUGCACUGUGAAGCUCCUCUCCUCAUUGAUCUCCACUAGUGAGGAUUGUACAUAUUUACCAUCAUGUUGUGUACCUUUGUAUCUAUUGGUAAUUCAGUAUACAUACGAGUAUAUAUA